AGGUGGCAGUUCAUUUGACUGUUCUUUUGGAUAAAAAUACUGAAGUUAAGGCUCUUUGAGUUUCCUGGUGUGAGCCUUCAUCAUGGAUAUCUGAAACCUGUCAUUAGAAAGUUCCUCAUAUAUCAGGCCAUUAUUAUGUGUAAAGCUGAUGGAAGCCGCCUUUGAUCUGCUUGUUUGCUCAAGUUUCUUCAGUGAGAGUCCUGGAAUGGCCAAAUAUCAGGGAGAAGUUCAAAGUUUGAAACUGGACGAUGACUCAGUCAUAGAAGGAGUAAGUGACCAAGUACUUGUGGCAGUUGUGGUCAGUUUCGCUUUGAUUGCUACCCUGGUAUAUGCACUUUUCAGAAAUGCACAUCAAAACAUUCACCCAGAAAACCAAGAACUAAUAAGGGUGCUUCGGGAACAACUUCAAACAGAACAGGAUGCACCUGCUGCUGCUCGACAGCAGUUUUACACUGAUAUGUACUGUCCAGUCUGUUUACAUCAAGCCUCCUUCCCUGUGGAAACAAACUGUGGACAUCUCUUUUGUGGUACCUGCAUUAUUGCAUACUGGAGAUACGGUUCUUGGCUUGGGGCAAUCAGCUGUCCAAUUUGUAGGCAAACGGUAACUUUAUUGCUACCAGUAUUUGGUGAAAAUGACCAGUCUCAGGAAGUUGUAUCAUUGCUUCAAGAUAUUAGUGAUUAUAACCGGAGAUUCUCAGGGCAGCCCAGAUCUAUUAUGGAAAGAAUUAUGGAUCUACCCACUUUACUGAGACAUGCAUUCAGGGAAAUGUUUUCAGUCGGGGGCCUUUUCUGGAUGUUCCGUAUCAGGAUAAUACUUUGUUUAAUGGGAGCUUUUUUCUAUCUUAUAUCACCUCUAGAUUUUGUACCUGAAGCCUUGUUUGGAAUUUUAGGCUUUUUAGAUGAUUUCUUUGUCAUCUUUUUGUUGCUUAUCUACAUCUCUAUUAUGUAUCGAGAAGUGAUAACACAGAGACUAAACAGGUGAAAAAAGAGUUUACUAAAAUAUGAGCUAAUGUGUAAAAUCAAACAAAAGGACUGACCCAUGGCAGUGUAAUGCAUUUGAAUAGUAUCUUACAAACUUAAAACCACUGUAUGACAAACAUUUGAUUAUCAUUUGGCAAAUAACUAGCAACGUAUGACUGGAAUUUUUACAUGUUGCAGGUUCUAAUAUUAGGGUUAGCAUUAUAAUAAUUUACAGCUGUAUCUUGAUUGUGUUGUCUAUUAACUCUCUGGAAAAAAAAACAUGGAAUUAUAUAAAAAGGGAUGCUUUUUUUUUAUAUCUUCUUCUUUCCCCCCAAAUUACUCAGAUUAAUUGGAUAUAUAGUAAGAUAUUGUUAAAUGUAUACUUUAUCCAAUUUUUCCUUCUCAGUGAGUACCUAUAUGAUAAUAUAUUGCAAUGAGAUGCAUCUAAAUAUUUUUAUUACAAUAAAAUAUU